AUGUCUGAGAGUGUUAAUUUCCAGAGUGUGUAUUCUCAAAGUGCGAUUUCGUCUUCGUCGGACGACAAUGGUGUUCUUUGCGAUUGUAAACGCAAAGCUAAGGUGGUCAGAGCUUGGACUCGGGAAAACCCAGGUCGUAGGUUCUAUGGUUGCAGUGGUUAUCGAGUUGGGAAUGGGUGUGAGUCUUGCAACUUCUUUCGUUGGUACGAUGUGGAGAAACCACAUGGAUGGCAACAUCUUGCGUUACAAGAGGCGAGAGACAUAAUUCGGGAACAAAAAGCAGAGAUAGCAAAUCUAAGGACCAAGAAGGAGAAAGAUGAACAAUGUGAAGCUCUCAAAAGGGAAGUGUUGAUCCUAAAUGAGAGGAGUUAUGUGCUUCGUAAUGUUCUUGUCGCUUCAGCUGUUGGAUUUGGUGUGGCUGUUGGAGGGAUAAUGGUGAUGUCGAAGUGGUGA